UGAUUGCCCCUGCUAAGGAAAGCUCUUGGCUGUGGACGGUCGAUCCAUGCUGUUAAGGCUUCCGCUUUGCUCAGCCACAUCUGACGUACUAGUGUGUAUGUCUUGCGCAGUCACCCCCAUUCCGUGUGCGCCUGCACCAUGCUUCGUAAGUAGGUAGGUAAGUAGAUCACAGCUCGCCAAGUAGUAGUGUCUGUAUAGGCGGCCAAGUUGGACGGCGCGGCGCAGACAUAAAUCUUGCCCCGAUGGCUUGGAUAAAGCUGCAAUGUAGGGUAGGAUGACGAUUGCACGGCAAGCCCCCAUAGAUUUCUUCCGUCGGACUUCCACCCGCUUUGUUAAGUACCUCUAUGUCAAACCCGAUUGAUUACUUUGAAUUCUUUUCAACUCUGAACUAUUUCUUUCUGCUUUGCUCCCAGAGACGCGUGUCAUCAAAAAACACUCUUCUUGAGUUUGCUUUCUUCACUUUCUCCAUCUAUCGGUUGUACACCAACCCCGCCCCGCCUUUUGUAACCAUCACCUCUAGCCGAGCCAAGGCAUCGCUUAACCAACAGGAAUAUCGACCAUCAUUGUGUUGGGAAUUGCACCCACAAUGUCCUACCCAGGCUACCCUCCAGCGUCGCCUUAUGGCCGUAAGUGGAAAAGAAAACAGCACCUACAUAGUUUUGUCUUCACGACUAAUCCUAGACCAUGCAGAGCCACCACCACAAGGAGGCGGAUAUUAUCAACAGCCUCCUCCUCAGCAGCAUCAUCAGCAACCUCCAUAUGGUGGACCUCCGCCUCAUGCUCACUACAACACCUACCAGCAACCACAACAAGGAUAUGGACAACCACCGCCCGGGCCGCCGCCGGGGCAGUACGGCGCACCCCCUCCACAGCCCUAUGGUGCUCCGGCUCAUUCCCCACCACCCGGGACGUAUGGUGCUGCUCCUCCCCCGAGCCCCUCGUAUUACCCGCUCGGGCCUCCACCGGCCGGUUACGGCGCACCACCGCCUCACGGUUACGGACAGCCUCCCGGUCCGCCCCCUCAGCAAUCCUAUGGGGCCGUACCGCCCACACCCACAGCGUACACGCCCCAGCCCUACGCCGUGCAGUACCCGCCGACACCCCCUUCGCCCGGAUAUGGCCCUGCGAUGAAUAUCCCAUGGAACCCCGACCCGGACGCGGAUAGGCUAAGAAAAGCCAUGAAGGGAUGGGGCACGGAUGAAAAGGAGCUGAUCCGGGUUCUGGCCGACAAGGACCCUUUCCAGAUCAAUAUGCUCCGCGAUGCGUUUCAACGGCGCCACCGCCGCGAUCUUAUCGCCGACAUCAAGAGCGAGACGAGCAGCUGGUUUGAGGAAGGGCUCGUCAUGCUUGCCCGGGGUCCUCUUCUCAAUGACGUGCACAUGCUGUUCAAUGCCAUGGAUGGGGCAGGCACCAACGAAGACAUCCUAAACGAUAUCCUCCUCCGCCGGUCCAACGCCGACCUGAAGGCCAUCAAAGCCGAAUUUAGUCGAGUUUGCCAUCGGCCACUGGAGGAAAUGGUGCGCGGCGAACUGAGCAUGAAGACGGAACGGCACUUUAUGAUUGUGCUCGGUGCCACACGUGCAGAAGAUUCGGCUCCAGUGGUGAAGGCGGACAUUGACCGCGAUGUCGAUGAUCUCUACAACGCGACGGAGGGCAAGAUUGGCACAGACGAGAUGCGCGUAUGCAGCAUUCUGAGCUUGAGGAAUGACAACCAGAUCCGUGCCAUUUCCUACGAAUACAGGCAAAAGUACGCCAGGGAUCUCGAUACUGUCAUCCAAAAGGAGUUUUCGGGACACAUGAAAGACGCCCUUCUCAUCCAGCUACGCCACGGUACUGACAAGUACAUGCUGCAGGCCCGGCUCCUCGAGGAUGCCAUGGCAGGAAUGGGGACAAAAGACCGUCUCCUCACCAGCCGUCUGGUGCGGGCUCACUGGGAUCGCAACAACAUGCGAAACGUGAGGAACGCGUACGAGCAGCGUUACAAGAAGAAGCUGGCCAAGAGAGUGCAGGGGGAGACCAGCGGUGAUUAUCAGAGGCUUUUGAUGGCGAUUUGUGGAGAACCUAUUUGAGGGGCGCGCGCAAAAAGUGUGUCGCCUUCAAAGUUUACUUCACACCCAGCAGUGACUUUACUUUCACAGCAAGCUUCGGCCGAGUGUGAUAUAAUAUUUAACUCUAAUGAACACUGAGUGAUAGUCAUGAUUGAUGAUUUUCUGGUCUGGCUGGAAUUAGUAACACAGGAAGCGAGAUUACAAGUGCUUCUUUGCUCGUUUGUUAGCUUGGUACCCAGAGGUACUCUGCAGUGGUACACCGACGGGUCGGGAUCUCUUUUCCGAAUCGUCCCAAACUAUACACGCACUGGAGGAAAGCCAUCCCGCAACAAGAUCCAAUACAGUCUAUUUGAUUUCGGAAA